AUGUCGACAGGCAGCUGCUGGUGCGGCAACCUCAAAUACGAGUUCGAAGGGGACUCUAAGCACGUGAUUUUGUGUCACUGCCUAACCUGCCAAAAGAUAUCCGGGACAACUAAUACCGCCAAUAUUCCUGUCCCGCGAGACAAGCUGAAGGUGACUGGAUCUCCCAAAUCUCACACUGAAAAACACGAGGAUGGAUUCGACUUGACCAAAUUCUUCUGUGGCGACUGCGGCACGACAAUCUACAAGCAGGCUACUGCAGAUAUGUUUGCACCAGUCUCUUUGGUCCAAGCGGGAACGUUGGAUGGCCCUGCUAAGGACAAGGUCAGCCAACCUGUCGCGGAGUUGAAUGUGAGAAUCAGGCAGCCUUGGUUAACUGAAGUUGGUGCCGCUGCUCAAAAGCAAGGAUUUGACUAG